CACAACUCAUCCAACAGGCAGCUCGCAUCGUUCAAGAUGAAGAGCAUCCUUCUGCUAUCUUUUCUGGCCCUGGCCAUCACCAGUGGCAUCGCGAAUCCUGCUCCCCAAACCACGUCCAAUGAUGGAACGGUUGUGGAAACCAUCGAGUACACCGAAUACACCGAGUACAGCGAUCCCGUCAUAACCACGUACGAAGAGUCCAGCUCUAGCCAGUCAUCGGGAAAUGCGGGAGGCGCCGGUGGACAAACCGUCGUAACGACCACUUCUACCAAGACUACCGGAGGACAAACCGCUUCUUCCUCGCAGACCUCAGGUGGGUCCACGUCCACCGGUAGUCAAACCGUGACAUCAACGAAGACAACCGGAGGACAGAGUUUGUCCGGUGGAGCACAGACGACAAAGUCGUCUGGAAGCCAGACUGUCGUAACAACUUCGACUAAGACCACGGGAGGACAAGCUUCCUCCUCCUCGUCUGGAGCUGCGAAAACCAGCGGUGGACGUACCGUUGUUAAGAGGACUUCAACGAAAACCGUCGGAGGACAGACGUCUACCACCGGAUCUCAAACUUCUUCGAAAACAACUACUGGAGGACAGUCUGCAUCUUCUGCAGGAUCAUCGGGAAGCAAAACGGUUACAACUACCACCUCGACACAGACCACAGGAGGUCAGUCCUCUUCCAGCGGUAGCCAAGCCUCGUCGGGAGCAGCUAAAUCAACUGGAACUCAAACCGUAACUACCACUGCCACGAAGACAACUGGAGGACAAGCCGCAUCCUCUGGAACUAAGACAUCGGAGAGCAAAUCCUCAACUUCCACUUCCUCGAAGACAACAGAAGAAACGAAAACUUCUGGAUCAGCGUCUUCCACCGCUGGAUCUACCGGAAGCCGAACCACCACAACCACCUCGACGAAGACAACUGGCGGACAAUCUUCUGGAGCGCAAGCUUCGAAGGCAACCGGAAGUCAAACCGUUACAACAACUACGCAGUCGAGGACAACAGGAACACAAUCGUCCUCGAAAACUUCCGAAGGAGAGAAAUCCAACAACGGCCGCACCGUUGUCAAGACUACUUCUACUAAGACUAAUGAAGGAGGUCAAGCAAAGACAGCUGGAAGCCAGAAUGUUGUCAAAACUACUUCCACCAAGACCACCGCCAGCCAAUCUUCUUCGCAGCAAUCUGGAGGAGAGAAGUCUAACAACGGACACACCGUUGUAAAGUCCACCUCGACUAAAACCACUGGGGCUCAAAAGAAGUCUACGGGAAGCCAAGAUGUUGUCAAGACAACUUCGACCACCACAACUGGAGGACAAAGCACUUCCUCUGGAGCUCAAACUAAGUCAACUGGAAGCCAAAAGGUAGUCAAGACCACCUCGACAAAGACAACCGGGGGACAGACCACGUCCACUGGAAGCCAAACGGCAUCGCAGAAAUCUGGAGGAAGCACCGUUGUCAAGACUACUUCGACGAAGACAACUGGAGGACAAAGUACCGGAGCUCAAACAAAGUCGACUGGAAGCCAACAGGUUGUCAAGACUACCUCGACUAAAACCACGUCCAGCCAAACUACUUCACAGAAGUCGGGAGGAGUCAAAACUACUGGAGGAAGCACCAUCGUCAAGACUACCUCGACAAAGACAACUGGAGGACAAAGCACCGGAGCUCAAACAAAGUCAACUGGAAGCCAAAAGGUUGUCAAGAUGACUUCGACAAAGAUAACCGGAGGACAAACCACGUCAACUGGAAGCCAAACGACGUCGCAGAAAUCUGGAGGAAGCACCGUUGUCAAGACUACCUCGACAACCGGAACUGGAGCUCAAACAAAGUCUACCGGAAGUCAGAAUGUCGUUAAGACCACUUCGACGAAGACAACUGUUGGAAAAGCCACAUCGGGUAGCCAAACUGCACCAAUUUCUGUUGGAGUAAUGUCUGCCGAUGGAAAAUGUAUCUGCACGGGAUCCCAAACUACCGAUCAAACUGUAACCUUGACGACCUUGACUAAGACAUCUGGAGGUCAGACCAAAUCUGCGUCUGGAAGCCAAACUGUUGCCAAGACAACCUCUACAAAAACAACUGGAGGGCAGACGACUGGAACUAAGACUUCCUCAGGAUCAAAGACGUCCGGAAGCCAAACUGUUGUCAAGACAACCUCAUCGAAGACAACAGGAGGACAGACGGCUGGAACCAAGACUUCUUCAGGAUCAAAGACGUCUGGAAGUCAAACUGUGGCCAAGACAACCUCAACAAAGACAACUGGAGGGCAGACCACUGAAACUAAAACUUCUUCUGGAUCAAAGUCGACUGGAAGCCAAACCGUUGUUAAGAAAACCUCGUCGAAGACAACUGGAGGACAGGCUACUGCCACAAAGACGUCUGGAAGUCAAUCCAUUGUAAAGACGACUUCAACAAAGUCAACUGGAGGACAGACGGCUGGAACCAAGACUUCCUCGGGAUCAAAGACGUCUGGAAGUCAAACCGUUGUCAAGACAACCUCAUCGAAGACAACAGGAGGACAGACGGCUGGAACCAAGACUUCUUCAGGAUCGAAGACGUCCGGAAGCCAAACCGUUACCAAGACAACCUCAACACAGUCAACUGGAGGUCAAGCUACUGGAACUAAGACUUCCUCAGGAACUAAGACAUCCGGUAGUCAAACCGUUGUUAAGACAACCUCAACACAGACAACUGGAGGACAGGCCACAUCAACUGCAUCAAAGUCAUCAGGCAGCAAAACCGCGUCCAAGACAACUUUACUUAAGUCUUCCGGAGGACAGACCACUGGAGCUAAGACAUCCGUAUCCACUCAGACAACUGGAGGCCAAUCAUCGGUAGGAACACAAACUUCCAAAGUUUCAUCAAACCAGAAAAGGCAAGUUGUCGUCAGGAAGGUGGCCAAGAAGAAGUCGAAAUCCCAAGGAAGAAAGCACUCGGGAGAAAAACACGGCAGAAGACACUCCAAGGGCAGAAAACAUCACGGAAAGCAGCAGUUCGGAAGCAGCGAAGAGAUCGAGCAAUUUGAGACUAGUAACGUGCAGCAGCGUCAGACUUCCGGAGGAAUGAGAGCGACCAACGUGCGUUCGCAGGGAAGACGCGAGGAACAUCACGGAGGAAAACACGGCAAAUCUUCGCAAUCGUUCACGUCGGGAGCCAGGAAACUCGUAAAGGGAGGAAAACGCGAAGAAAACCACGGUGGAAGUCACGAGUCUGCUUCGGGUAGCUUUGCCCUCAAACAGUCUUCUCAGGGAAGCCGCGUGGUCAAGAAAUCCUCCGCAGGAAUGAGAAAAUCCGAAGGAGGAAGUCAUGAGUCCCGUUCCAUGAAGCAGUCUUCUGGAGGAAUGAAGAUCGUUCGCGCUUCAGGAGGUUCAGCUUCCCAGAGUGGCCAGGCGUUCGCGCAAAAAUCCGGAGGAAAGCGAUCUUCCGGAAGCCAAACCGUGGUAGUGAGCCAGUCGUCCGGAGGAAGUGCUGCGUCGAUGGGAGGAAUGCGGUCAUCUGGAUCGCAAACCGUCACCAAGACAUCGUCUUCGUCUUCCAAGAUGGCCGGUGGAAACAGCGCAUCGUCAGGAGCGCAGUCCUCCAGCCAAUCCAAUGGAGGAGACACUUAUGAAACUUAUGAAACCUUCGAAGAGACGGUUUACACAUCAGAGUAAUAGGGUUAGGAAGAACAUUCUAACUGUUACUACAUGAUUUAAUCGUUCUGUUAUUUUCUUAUGAAUAAAUAAAGUUUUUCUUUUGCAACUUAUA